CAAACUUGCGGCAGCGGCUGGGCGUGUUUGUUGUUUACUAUUCAGUUAUUUUCGUGUUUUUGUAACAGAAAGUGCUCUUACAAAAAAAGAUGAGUAGAAAUUUUGGAGACCGAGAAGAAUUUGAAAUGGAUACAAAACCCUCUCAGAGGACUGGGAGUCAGAAAUGUAGAUAUUUUUUCUACAACGGUGAAACUGGUGAAAUUUUGGGACGAACGCCUGAAAGUUGGGGUAAAAUACUCAUCUUCUACACAAUCUUUUAUGCUGUGUUGGCAGCCUUAUUUGCUGUCUGCAUGGUCACGUUCUUGCAGCACUUUAUCAACCCUCGAGUGCCUCGGCUGCAACAGGAGUACAGCGUGAUUGGCACCAGCCCAGGAUUAGGGUUCCGGCCGCUGCCGGAAGAUGUCAGGAGCACCCUUAUCUGGUAUAAGGGAACUGGCUACGAAAGCUAUAAAUACUGGGAAGAUCAGCUGAUCGAUUUCUUGUCCGUGUACAAAAAGAAGGGUCAGACCGCGGGAGCAGGGCAGAACAUUUACAACUGUGACUUCAAGAACCUGCCGCCUCCCGGCAAGGUCUGUGACGUGGACAUCCGAAGGCUGGAGCCUUGUAUUGAUGAGAACCACUUCUCCUUCCACAAAUCUUCGCCUUGUAUCUUCUUGAAGUUGAAUAGGAUCUACGGCUGGCGGCCUGAGUUCUACAACGGUAUCGAGGACCUACCGCCAGAUAUGCCCACCGACCUGCAGAUGCACAUUAAAAACCUAACUGCUUACAAUCCUAACUAUGCUAACAUGGUGUGGGUCUCAUGCCAGGGUGAAACUCCAGCAGACAAGGAGAAUAUUGGUCCUAUCAGCUACCUGCCCUUCCCUGGGUUCCCAGGGUACUUCUACCCGUAUGAGAAUGCUGAGGGGUAUCUCAGCCCUCUCGUCGCUAUACACUUGCAGAGACCUAGAACGGGUAUUCUGAUUAACAUCGAGUGUCGUGCCUGGGCAAGGAACAUUAAGUACGACAGGAGAGAACGUCUAGGUGUAGUGCACUUUGAGCUUAUGAUCGAAUAGUUACUAAAUUAUCCGUCCAAACGUGUCUACUCGGCCCCUAGCUUGUACAGUCAUCACCAUCAUAUUUUAUACUACUUAAUAAGAGAUACGCCAGUUAAAUACAUUCCAUAAGUGAAAUGGAAAUUUUAUUAUUGCUCAAAGAAUAAAUGAGUCUUACUGCAAAGGUGGUGGUCUUCUCUUGUUGCCAUCUCUUUCUUAUCAUAUUUGAUGUCCGUAAAUGAAAGAGAGCAUAUAUUAAAUUCAGUCUAGAAGAUAAUGUUGAGAAAUAUAAAGGCAGCACAUUUUUUUUAAGUAAAUGAAAUCAUUUUUCGUGGUGACUGUUUAUAGUCUUUCCAGUAGACCGAGUAGACCAAAGCAAUUAGUUCAUUUUAUGAAUUUAGAAUAAAGUUUUAAUGCAAUAAGUGUGUGAGAUUUCGAUUUUGAAGCUUGGUCUUUUCAGUAGACCAUUGAUAUUGACAAUUAUU